UAAAGGGGCGGCGGUAGCGGCCACCUCCCGAGUGAUGUCUGUGUGCGUGCGCGAAUCCCGCGGGGCGGGGCGGGAGGCGUAGGGCGGUGUCCCGGAGCUCGGCAUUCCCCGGCGGAAGGCGGGAGCGGUUCCGGGGCGGGCGGCACGGCCAUGGCGCCCCGGCAGAAGGCGAAGGCGGCGGCCGCGGGGAAGCGCAGGGUUCCCGCCCCGCUGGCCAGCCCGGCCUCCUCCUCGGAGGACGAGGCGGACGAGGCCCCGGACGAGGUGCCCUUCGGCGUGGCGAGGGAGGCGGCCGAGGCCGAGUGGAAGGUCGUGGGGGAAGCGGCCCGGAGGCACCGGGAGCUGCUGAAGGAGAAGCGGCGGCGGCACCAGGAGCUUUUCGCGGAGCAGAAGAAGCGUAAGCUGCUGCCCGAGGCUGUGCUGCAGGAGCUGCAGGAACUGCAGGAUGUGUCCACACGGCCCGCUGAGCAAGCUGAGGCAGAUGACCCAGUUACUCUAGGUGAAGAACUUGAAGCUGAGGCUGUACCGCUGGACGAAGGGCAGGCCAAAGUGCAGGAGAAGAAAGGCAAGAGGAGCAAGGGUGCCAGGACAAAAGGGAACUACAUGGCCGUGUGCUUGAAAGACCACAGUGUAACAGGCCUCCACCAACAGCUCGCCAAAGACUUCCUAAAUGCUCAGCUCUAUGGACCACACACCAACCGGGUACAGGCAAAUGAAUUUUUUUCCCUUGCAAACAAGAAAGCCCCAGUCAAGAAAGCUGCAGUUCAGUUUGUGGACAAGUCUUGGGGGCAAGAUAAAAAGGAAAAAGCAGCAAGGUUUAAGAAACAUUGGCUGGCAACACAGAUUAAAAGUGGAGUCUGAAGACAGCUUUUUCAGAAGAUGCUGCUAAGGAUUUUUAGUGACAGUUGAUCUCAGUACAAAACAGG